UGAAAAAUCUGCAUUUUUUUUUUCAUGGAUUUCUAUAGUUUGGUCGAUGUCAUGAUGCUUUUCCUGCUGUUACCGAAAGAUUUUCCAAGAAUUAAAGGUAAAUGAAGUCAGUUUUCUUGUAAUUUUGCUCAAAUACUGAAUUUCAGAGGUUUAGAUGUUUACUAAUGUACAUAUGAAACAGAACAGCUUCUCAUGCUGAACACAAAACAAAUUCUACUGAUUUUAGAGGCGUCAGAAGAAGGUGAAAGAAGCUGACUAAAGAUUAGUAGGAAAUAUGAAUACAAACGUGUAUUUAUUGGCGCUUACAGGAACUUUCUGGGGAUAUAAUACCAGUCUUCCUUAAACAUUUUCCAUUUUCUCAAGCCAAUAAUUAAAAAUGUUUCCUUAGCUGGAGCCAUUUCAACAUUUGGAACAACUAGAAACUGUUUUUUCUGUGUUUUUACCAAAUUUCAUGACUCUCAGAGUUUUAUUUCUGGAGAUACUGAAGCUUUAAAACGGUUCACCAGAUAACGGGUUUGUGAGAGUAAAAGUAAACACCAGAAAAUGUGCAUAUUUUAAAUAAUGUGGAAAAACUAGUAGGGAAUCAAUUUAAAGACUUAUUGUUUAGAAAGAAGUUAAUUAUAGUAACUAGUGCCUUCAUUUUGCAAAUCAAUGAGUUAAACCUGCUCAUAAAUCUCUGAAAGUUGCAUUAAAAUCACAAAACUGCUUUUGAUUUGUUGCAGUUUCCUCUGGUGAGACUUUGAGACCAACUUAAAAGUGAAAAUAAGUAAAAGUUUCUUCACAUUUCGGCUCUGAAAUGCAGCAGGAAAGACUUCAUUUGAGUCCAACCGGCUUCAGGUGUGUCGACUCGUCUCCCAGCUGAACUGAGGUUUUAUUAAAGCAGCAGAAGCGAAGAGGAGCAGUUUCAGAUCAACCUGCUGCUGCCACAUUUAGAUGUUCUGUGGAGCAUCAGCAGCAAUUAUGUUUGCUUGAAUUGUCUGGCUUCCAGUUAGUUGGUUUUAUUUUUAGUUGUUUUUCAGUUUUCUAUGAGAGUAGGACCAACCUACACGUGUUUUAUUCUCCGAGAGGUUUUUAUCGUCUGACCUGGAAGCAUGAAGGAGGAGAUCGCUGCUGCCGUGUUCUUCGUGACUCGAUUGGUCAAGAGAUACGGCGUUCUGGAAAACGACGGCAGGGAGCGAUUCGCCGCCAGCCUCACCUCUGUUCUGUUCGAGAACUACAAGAACCACUGGAACCCGAGUGCCCCAACCAGAGGACAGGCCUACAGAUGUCUACGUAUGAACCGACUCCAGCUGCAGGACCCGGUUCUGCUGGAGGCCUGUGAGCGCAGCAACGUGCGCUACGAGGACCUGGGCCUCCCCCAGGAGCUGACGGUGUGGGUCGACCCGGGAGAGGUGUCCUGCAGGUACGGUGAACACAGCGCUCCGUUCUGCGUUUCGGCGGUGGACCGGCAUGACGGCAGUGAGUUUUCCCGUCGUAUUCAUGACGCUGUGGAACGGGCGAGCCUCGACGUCCAAUCAGGAAGCUCUUCGGACGAGGAGGAAGUGGGCGGAGACAGCAGCGUGAGCAGCAGCAGCAGCGUCCAAUCAGCUCCCUGCUCUGCUCCAAACCAACUGACCACCGAACCCAAAACCAUCCCGACGGUCAGCAACCCCAACAGCGUCUACAGGUUCAGUGAGUUUUCUCCAGGAGCUCCUCAGACGUGGCUCAGGGACAAACGGAAGCUGUUUUCUGGGGAAGCGUUGGCGCCUCAUCCUGGAGCUCCAAGCUCCCAGAAAGCGUUCAAGUCGUACCGAGCGACGUUCACCUUCAGCGGGCCUCGAGUGGAUAAAUACCACUGGGUCAGCAAGUCCCGGUCCUAGAAGCAGCAGGACCAGAGACCUUCUAUUAGUUCUGCUUUUAAACUUGGAAAUACUGCACUGUUUUAAGUAUGCUUUUGCUCUAAAUGUGUCUUUUAAAUUAAAGUGUAAAUAAAGUGACAUUGUACAGUGAUUGAAAAGAAAUAAAUGCGUACG